AUGAAUGUUUCGCUGCUUGAUGCAUCAGUUUUCGUUUUCGUUUCCGUUUCUGUGGCUGUUUCUCUCUACGGUUUUGACAGCAAAAAAGCGAGUGGCUUUGUACAGAUUUUUGGGGCCUUGGCCUACUCGGUCGCCAUGCGGCGUUUGAGUAUUCUCUCUCAUUGCUGUCUUGAUAAGUUGUUCUGUGUCGAGUACAGUUGCUAUUCGCUGUUUCAGUACAAGCAUUUAAAUACUCAGUCUAUUGCAGUACGACAAAGUCCUGGCUUGUUAGUACCAAUUGGCUUUUACUGGCACUGCAGCCUCUAA